AUGCCUGCUACCGAUUAUUUAAUUAAGGCUGGUAACCAAGCUAUUAGAGUUAACCCUCCAAAUGGUGUCGAUUUCCACAUCACUAACCGUGGUUCAGAUUGGUUAUUCUCUGCCUUCUGUUUAUUCGCUUUCUUCUGUAUCAUUUUAGUCGUAUUCAUGUUCAGAAAACCAGCUAAUGAAAGAUUGUUUUACUACACCGGUAUUGCUCCAAGUUUAGUCAUGGCUAUUGCUUACUUCACCAUGGCUUCUAACUUGGGUUGGGCUCCAGUUAGAGCUGAAUUCAACCAUGUCAGAACAAGCACUCAAGAAGAACACCCAGGUUACAGACAAAUUUUCUACGCUAGAUACGUCGGUUGGUUCUUGGCUUUCCCAUGGCCAAUUAUUCAAGCUUGUUUGUUAGGUAACACUCCAGUAUGGCAAAUUUGCUUCAACAUCGCUAUGACUGAAGUCUUCACAAUUGGUUUCUUGGUCGCUUCUGUUGUCCACUCCACUUAUAAAUGGGGUUACUUCGUUUUCGGUAUUGCUGGUGCUUUAGUCGCUUCAAUCUCUGUCUUAACUACCACCAGAAACUUAGUUAAGCCAAUUGGUAGAGAUGUCUGGUUGAUCUUUAACUGUUACUAUGGUGCUUUCAUGUUCUUGUGGUUCAUUUACCCAGUUGCUUUCGGUAUCUCCGAUGGUGGUAACGUUUUGCAACCAGAUUCCUCUUCUGUCUUCCAUGGUAUUUUAGAUGUCUUGGCUUUAGGUGUUAUGCCAGCUUUGUUCGUUCCAAUUGCCUACAACAUUGGUUUGGACAGAUUAGGUUUGAGAGGUUACGAUGAAGGUAUCGGUGGUAUGUUCCAUGAAAAAUCAGUCUCUGGUAUUUCUUCCAUGAGAAACUCUGGUGAAACCGCUGUUUCCUCUCCAAAAUCUCCAGCUUCUCCAGUUUCCUCUGGUACUCCAGUCGAAAAGAAGAAGAAGAAGUCUAAGAAGUCAAAGAAGGCUAAGAAGACUUCAGAAUAA